AUGGCCUCCAACUCGAGACUCGGCUGGUUGACGUCGCUUGACGUCACCUCCACCCCUGACAAGUCGUACCGUCGCUCUUCAAUCAUCGGAACGAUCGGUCCUAAGACUAACGAUCCAGAAGUCCUGGUCAAGCUCCGCAAAGCUGGUCUGAACAUCGUGCGGAUGAACUUCUCGCACGGUUCGUACGAGUACCACCAGAGCGUGGUGGACAAUGCCCGCAAGUCCGAGGAGCUGUAUCCAGGCCGUCCUUUGGCAAUUGCUCUCGACACCAAGGGCCCUGAGAUCAGAACCGGAACCACCCGUGGUGAGGUAGACUACCCUAUUCAAGCCGGACACGAGAUGGUGUUUACCACUGACUUGCAGUAUGCCAAGGCCUCCGAUGACAAGAUCAUGUUCAUCGACUACGCCAACAUUACCAAGGUGAUUGAGCCAGGCAAGAUCAUUUACAUCGACGACGGUGUUCUUUCGUUUGAGGUUUUGCAGAUCGUGGAUGACAAGACUUUGAAGGUCAGAUCCAUCAACGCCGGAAAGGUUUGCUCCCACAAGGGUGUCAACCUGCCCAACACUGACGUGGACUUGCCCGCUUUGUCCGACAAGGACAAGGCCGAUCUGCGCUUCGGUGUUAAGAACAAGGUCCACAUGGUGUUUGCCUCGUUCAUCAGAACCGGUAACGACAUCAAGGAGAUCCGCAAGGUCCUCGGUGAAGACGGUGCCCAGAUCCAGAUCAUUGCCAAGAUCGAGAACCAGCAGGGAGUCAACAACUUUGACGAGAUUCUCAAGGAGACCGAUGGUGUCAUGGUUGCCAGAGGAGAUCUUGGUAUUGAAAUCCCAGCUCCUCAGGUGUUUGUGGUCCAAAAGCAGCUCAUUGCAAAGUGCAACCUUGCUGGUAAGCCAGUCAUUUGUGCCACUCAGAUGCUUGAGUCCAUGACCUACAACCCUCGUCCCACUAGAGCCGAAGUCUCUGAUGUCGGUAACGCCAUCUUGGACGGUGCCGACUGUGUCAUGCUGUCUGGAGAGACUGCCAAGGGUAACUACCCUAUCGAGGCUGUUGCCAUGAUGCACCAGACCUGUUUGAUUGCCGAGAAGGCCUGGGCCUACAAGACCAACUCGUACGAGAUCCGCGAGCUCACUAACCGUCCUACCGAGACCGCCGAGACCUUGGCCAUGGCCGCUGUUUCAUCCCACUUUGAGCAGGGUGCAAAGGCCAUCAUCGUCCUGUCCACUUCAGGAACCACCGCCAGACUCUGUUCCAAGUACAGACCUGACUGUCCAAUCAUCAUGAUCACCAGAAACAAUGAGGCUGCCAGGUAUUCCCACCUUUACCGCGGAGUGUACCCAUUCAUCUACGGCGAGGACCGUAUCGAGGAAUGGCAAGAGGACGUUGAGAAGCGUCUCCAGGUUGGAGUUAGUGAGGCAAUUGAGCUCGGAAUCCUGUCUAAGGGAGACUCCAUCAUCGCCGUCCAGGGAUGGACCAAGGGUUUGGGCCACACAAACACCUUGCGUGUUCUUACCGCAUGA